CUGGGAACAAGUGGUGGACCUGACCUACUCCAUACACCUGGGAGAGAAACUCAGACUCAUAGAGCAGGAUGACGCUGCAGUGCAGAAGUUUCGGUCUGUGCCCCCAGGCUGGAGCUACGAGCAUGACCUGGAGCUGGGGCACUUCCUGUAUGAUCACAGCGAGAAGGAGCUGCAGCACAGGGACUGCACCAAAGACCACCUCAGCAGUAUCGAGGUCUCCUCGCAGGCGGAGAACUGCGGUGCAGCUCAUCUGACGGACAGCCAGGAAGACACCUACUGGGAGAGCAAUGGGCUCCCAGGGGAGCACUGGGUGCGGCUCAACAUGAAGAAGGGCGUUAUUAUCAAGAAGCUGUGGCUGGUGGUGGACGCUAGGGCCGACUCUUAUAUACCCAGACGGGUGGCUGUGUAUGGGGGGACACCAAACAAUCUGCAGCACCUGAGAACUGUCCUAAUUAACAUGCAGAGCUACCGGGCUGUUUGCAUCCUUCGCGAUGUGAAGACCUACAUGCCAGUGCUAGAGAUCCGCAUCCUCACGUGUCAAGAACACGGGAACAAUGUCCGCCUGCGAGGGAUCAAGCUCAAGUCCUUCUGGGAGUGGGACCUGAUCCUCAACGCUGACAUGUUCCAGCCAGCACGGCUAGUGCUGCGCUAUCCUCUCCUGGAAGGGGUGGAUGCUGACGUGCUGUACCGGCGGGCCGUGCUCAUUCAGAGGUUUGUGCAGCUCCUGGACAGUGUCCUGCAUUACCUGAUUCCCUGCUCUGAGGACGGCAUCGGCACCUUCAAUGCACUCAGGGUGAGUGUUUGCUGGGUUCUUCUGGGCUGGUGCCAGUCAGCCCUCACCCCCCACUGUCUGCAUUCCUCGGAGAGUGGCCACCCUUACAACACGCCAAAGCUGCACAUCAACCGGCACCUGGCCCGGGAGCACUACGCCAACCCUGCGCUGGACCCCAGCUGCAGGAAAGCCAUCUUCACCCAGCUCUAUGAAGGCCUUGGAUGUCCCAAGAACAACCAGCCCUUGGACUACAGGUGGCCCCUGACCUACAACCAGUGGUGGACGUGUGAGUUCAUCAGUGAGGGCAUCAUCGACCAGGGUGGUGGUUUUCGGGACAGUCUGUCAGACAUAUCAGAGGAGCUGUGUCCCAGCUCGGGUGAUGUCCCCAUACCCCUGCCCUUCUUCGUGCGCACCUCCAACCAGGGUAACAGCAGCAGCAACACCAGGGACCCCUCCUGCAAGGACUUCCCCAAGUAUGAGUGGAUCGGGCAGCUGAUAGGAGCAGCCCUGAGGAGCAAGGAGUUUCUGAUCCUGGCUUUGCCGGCACUAGUGUGGAAGCAGCUGGCAGGGGAGGAGGUCAGCUGGAGCAAGGACUUCGCCACCGUGGACUUGGAGCUGGUGAGCAGGGCUGCUGCUGGUGAGCCAGUGUGCGAACAAACUAUUGAGUUCAUUUUUGGCAGAGAGCUGACCUACACGGCGGUCCUGAGUGACCAGCGUGUGGUGGAGCUGAUCCCCAAUGGCAGCAGCACCGUGGUGCACUAUGAGGACCGUAAGGAAUUCAUCCGUUUGGUGCAGAGGGCUCGGCUGGAGGAGAACAAAGAGCAGAUCGCAGCCAUGCGUGCUGGGCUGCUCUGCGUGGUGCCCCAGCCCGUGCUGGACCUGCUUACCUGGCAGCAGCUGGAGAAGAAGGUCUGCGGGGACCCUGAGAUCACAGUGACUGAACUGCAGAGAUUCAUCAGAUUUGAGAGCUUCCCCCCUGACGACCCCCGUGUCCAGAACUUCUUGGAGGCACUCAACAACUUCACCAGUGAGGAUCUCAGACGCUUCCUCAAGUUCGUCACUGGCCGGAGCCGCCUUCCAGUUCAGAUCAGUGUCCAGCCGGAAAGCUCGGACACAUUGGACCGGAUGCCACAGGCCUCCACGUGUUUCUGCACCCUCUACUUGCCCAGCUAUUCCUCGGCCAAGGCCUGUGAAGAGCUGCUGCGAUACGCCGUGUACAACUGCAUGUCCAUUGACACUGACAGGGACACCUGA